GGCCGGUCUCGGGGCGCGCUCAGCGUCCGAAGGGGCCGCUUGCAGCCGCACCUCCUCGGGCAGCGGGGCGCGGCCUCACUGCGCUCUCGCCCCCCGCGGGACAUGGACCUCGCGCGCCUGUGGCCGGCGCUGCUGCUGCCUCUGGCGGCGGCGCUGGAUUUCAGGUACCACCACCAGGAGGGCAUGGAGGCGUUCCUGAAGAGCGUUGCCCGGAACUACAGCUCCAUCACUCACCUGCACAGCGUGGGGAAGUCCGUCCGAGGUAGAAACCUGUGGGUCCUUGUUGUUGGUCAGUUUCCCAAGGAGCACAGAGUUGGGAUUCCAGAAUUCAAAUACGUGGCAAAUAUGCAUGGAGACGAGACUGUCGGGCGGGAGCUGCUGCUCCACCUAAUCGACUACCUCGUGAGCAGAUACGGCAAGGACGUCGAGGUCACCCAGCUGGUCAACAGCACCCGGAUACACAUCAUGCCGUCCAUGAACCCCGACGGGUUCGAGGCUGUGCGCAAGCCCGACUGUUACUACAGCAACGGGAGGGAGAACCACAACCAGUACGACCUGAACAGGAACUUCCCCGACGCCUUCGAGUACAACAACGCCACCAGACAGCCCGAGACGCGGGCGGUCAUGGCCUGGCUGCGCGCCGAGCCCUUCGUGCUCUCCGCCAACCUGCACGGCGGCGCCCUGGUGGCCAGCUACCCGUUCGACAACGGCGCCCCAGCAACUGGAACGUCACACUCACGAAGCUUAACUCCUGAUGAUGAUGUUUUCCAACACCUUGCACAUACCUAUGCUUCGAGAAAUCCCAACAUGACGAAACCAGACCAGUGUAAAAAUAAAAUGAACUUUCCUAAUGGAGUUACAAAUGGAUACUCCUGGUAUCCACUCCAAGGCCCCGCAAACAGCAAGCCGCAGUCCGCAUGUCUGCACGCAGGCCGCUUCCAAAGGCGCCUUCCCCGGCUGGCACUUGGGACACGCAGACUGUCAAGUGGAAUGCAAGAUUACAACUACGUCUGGGCCCAGUGUUUUGAAAUUACGCUGGAACUGUCAUGCUGUAAAUAUCCUCGUGAGGAGAAGCUUCCAUACUUCUGGAAUGACAACAAAGCCUCGUUAAUUGAAUAUAUAAAACAAGUGCAUCUAGGUAUAAAGGGUCAAGUUUUUGAUCAGAAUAAAAAUCCAUUACCCAAUGUGAUUGUGGAAGUCCAAGACAGAAAACACAUCUGCCCAUUUAGAACCAACAAAUUUGGAGAAUAUUAUCUACUUCUCUUGCCUGGAUCCUAUGAAAUAAAUGUUACGGUCCCUGGACAUGAGCCACACCUCACAAAGGUGGUUAUUCCGGAGAAAUCCCAGCACUUCAGUGCUCUUAAAAAGAAUUUUGUACUGCCAUUUCAAGGGCAGUUGGAGUCUCUCCUGGGAUCAAAUCCGCCAUGCCCAAUGAUUCCUCUGUACAAAAUGUCAUCAAGCCACUCAGCUGCAACAAAGCCUAGUUUGUUCCUAUUUUUACUGAUUCUUUUGCACAUAUUUUUCAAAUAAAAAUUGUGAAACUCAACUCUCAUCA